AUGUUUGACGUUUUGAUAGUGGGUGCCGGCAGCGCAGGUUGCGCAAUUGCUGCCCGUGUUUCCGAAGAUCCUACCGUUUCAGUGGGCCUGGUCGAGGCGGGGCCUGAUUACCCCGAUCUGACACAACUGCCUCACGAUCUGCGCAACGGACACAAUAAUUCCUACACUGCUCACGAUUGGGGCAUGGAGUAUUCACCAACCCCGCACCGCAAAGAUCGUUUUCCACGUGGCCGGGUUGUGGGUGGGUCGAGCGCCGUGAAUACAACAAUCGCUUUGAGGGGCUUGCCGGAGGACUAUGACGCCUGGGCAGCUGCCGGCAAUGACGGCUGGUCCUGGCAGGACGUGUUGCCCGCCUUUAAACGACUCGAGCGUGAUCUGGAUUAUCCCGAUGCCAGCUACCAUGGUGACAGCGGGCCUAUAUCAAUUCGCCGCUAUCCAACCGACGAACUGCUGCCCGCGCACCAGGCAUUCCUGCAGAGCGCCGCUGACCUGGGCUAUCCGGAUUGUCCAGAUGCCAAUGACCCAUGGGCCUGGGGUGCCGGACCACAGCCGAUGAACAAGCUCAACGGGGUGCGGAUAUCGGGCGCGGUGGGCUAUCUGGCGAGCGCCAGAAUCCGGGAAAAUUUAACCAUUGUUCCAAACACCCUGGUACGUCGAUUGCUGAUUGUCGGUGGCAAAUGUUGCGGGGUCGAAGUCGAGGACGAGACAGGUGCGGUCAGUGAAAUUUCUGCACGGCUGGUUGUCCUCAGCGCAGGCGCGCUGAUGACACCGUCAGUUUUGAUGCGCAGUGGUAUCGGCGCCCGCGCGGAGGUCGCGGAUAUUGGUGUUGAUCUGGUCCGGGAUGUCCCCGGCGUGGGUAAGAAUUUGUCGGAUCACCCGGCAUUAUCGGUUCUGUGUGAAGUCAAAGAUGCCAGUCUGAUAAAUUUUGAUGCUCCGAUUAUCCAGACUAUUCUGCGUUACACCGGCGAGCACUCGGAACAUCGUUGUGACCUGCAGAUCGAACAGAUCAGUUUUGCCGGUCGACGCGGUGGUCCACCGAUGUUUUUACUGGCACCAGUGCUGGAAUAUCAAUACGGUCGUGGGCAGUUAAGAUUUACCUCUGCAGAUGCCCAUCAGGCGCCGGUUAUUGAGAAUCAUUUUUGUGCUGAUGAACGGGACCGUGCGAUUCUGGCUGGUUGUGUUCUCGAUACGCUGCAAUUUACCAAGGCCGCGCCGCUCGCGGAUAUGAUUGCGGCGGUUAAAUUCCCGGACCCAGGUCGCGGUCAGAGCCGUGAGGCCAUCGAAGCGCUUUGCCGGAAAUUUGCCGGUUCGGGAUAUCAUCCUUGCGGCACAGCUAAGAUGGGACCCGAAAAUGAUCCGUUAGCCGUGGUGGAUGCAAGGUGUAAACUGCACGGCGUCGAUCAGCUUGUUGUUGCGGAUGCGUCUAUCAUGCCGGCCGUACCGCGUGCGAAUACCAAUUUGACGUGUUUUAUGAUCGGCGAAAAGGUCGGCGAGUGGAUCCGCGCCCCUGCAGUCGAGGGUGAACUGGCUGUUAACGAUGGGCGCAUUGCUGCGAUAGGCACAGUCGGGGCUGGAAAAGUCGAAAUUGACGGUAACGGUAAAGUUUUAGCGCCGGGUUUUAUUGAUACCCAUGCUCAUGACGACGGUGCCUUCUUUCGUCACCCGGACAUGGCUUUCAAACUCGCUCAGGGUGUUACUUCUGUUGUCAGUGGCAACUGUGGAUUCAGCGCGAUCCCCGCAGACCCGGCUAAAGACUCAGUGGCAGCAAGUGGUGGCAUCCUGGCCGGGCUGGCAGGGGAAUUCACCGAUCUGGAAGGCUACUUUGCCGCCGUGUUGAAGCGCGAACCAGCCAUCAACAAUAUGAUGCUGGUCGGGCACAAUACUGUACGUUCGCUUGUUAUGGGCAACGAAAAGUCUGCACCCACAGCCAGCCAGUUACUGGAAAUGCAGCAGCAUGUGGCUAAUGCUCUGGCACAAGGUGCCUGCGGUUUCUCCAGCGGAUUGAUAUAUCGGCCUGGGAGAUUCAGUGAUACUGAAGAGGUGAUUGCGCUGGCCAGUGAAGCUGCCGCAUUUGAUGCCCUUUAUACAACUCAUAUGCGUAACGAAGGUGACCUCCUGCUGGACGCUGUUGAUGAAAGUCUGCGUAUCGGUUUAGAGGCGGGUGUGCAUCUGCAUAUUUCUCAUCAUAAAGCUGCAGGCAAGCCUAACUGGGGCAAAGUUGUUGCCUCGUUGGCAAAAGUAGAUGCGGCUCUGCAGGCUGGGCAGCGGGUGACAUUAGAUGUUUAUCCCUACACAGCGGGCAGCGGUCGUAUGAUCGAGUACUUCAACCUCGACAGGAUCAAUACAGAAUUUGCCGAGGUGGUCAGAAUUGCCUCCUGUCCCGCGUUCAGACAAUACGAAGGGCAGAUGGUUAAAGAUAUCGCCGCAGCCGAAGGUCGCAGUAUAGAAGAUGUGGUUAAACAGAUUCUGACCGCACCCAAAGGGGAGCGCACCAUCUGUAUACAUUUCAUUAUUGAUGAACACGACAUUGAAACAAAUCUUGCUCAUGCCGACAUGAUGGUGGGCUCAGAUGGCAUUCCUGAUCUGCGCGGACGGCCACAUCCACGGUUGUUCGGCACCUUUCCACGCGUUUUGGGCCGUUAUGUCAGGCAGCGCGGCGUGCUGUCUUUACCUGAAGCGGUGCGACGCAUGACGUCAGUGUCCGCAAAGACGUUUGGACUGCUGGAUCGCGGCGAAUUGAGGGAAGGGUAUUGGGCUGACCUGGUGAUGUUCGAUCCUCAAACGGUGAUUGAUACAGCGACCUAUGACGAGCCUCAGCAGGAACCCGAAGGUGUUAGUUGUGUGGUGGUCAACGGACGCGUGGCCUACCAGGACUCAAAGCACACCGCUGUGGGUGCGGGUCAGAUGCUGCGCUAUCGGCAAUCAUCCUUUUUGCCUGCUUAG